UAUAUUAACUGUAAUAAUUUCACAUUUACGAUCAGUCAUUUUUAAUUUGUUUACCAAUGAUUCUUCUGUUAAUAUUUCAAAAUUAAUAGAAACCUGAUUUUUUGGCAUUCAUAAUAACUAUCAAUUAAAUUUUAAACCUUUGAAAAAAAUUUUUUUUUUUUAAUUUUAAAAAUAUAUCAAUGAGUGGACGAACAAAAGUGUUGUCAAAGACAAAUCCGGUGCAAAAAUUAUCCAGCAGCAGUCGUAUUAAUUCGAUGCUUGCAAAAUCUGCAAAUAUAAUCCAAAGUGCACAACAUGUUAUCGAUAAACAGAAUGAGAGGCUUAAAUCAAGUACAACGUGGCAAGAUAGACCAUCAGGGAUACGUGUUUCAUCGCCACGACUAAAAAGUUUUCCAGCCGAAGAAAUAAGAAAGUCAAGGCCUACUCGAAGUUGUGAAUUUAUAACUGACACCCCAAAGCUAAAUGAGAAAACAGUUAAAAAUUUAUCAACUACUCAAAUUAAAAGUAACAAUAACAAAGUAUUAAGUCAACAACAUCAACAACGAUUAACUAAUCCAUCGAGCAAUGAAUCUAUCAACAGAGUACUGUAUUUUACUCCAGCAAUGAUUCAUGAUCAAGAACUACUAGUAUCAACCUUGAGACAACAUGGGAUUAGUGAGGAUAUUAUGAAGCGACAGUUUGACUCAUUACUGGCUGAACAAAAAAAGCAACUUUUUUAUCUUGACCAACUUCAAAAUCAUGAAGUUGACAGUCCAUCAGAUUCAAAAAAUAAUACACAACGAAGACGAAUCAGUAGAUUAGAUGAUGGAAAACCAGAGUGGAUGGCACGAAUUACACCUCCUUGGAUAUCAUAUGCAACUUUAGAUAACGAAAUAAAUAAUUCAAAUACUCAAAUGCAUGAAAUAAGAUCAAAUGAACAAGUUGUUUGUCAACCAGAUGCAAAUUUGUAUGAGUUACAAAAACAGCAACAACAACAACAACAACCAGAGAUAGGAUUUACCCAUCAACACUAUAAUCAAAAUCCUAAUACUCAUACACAAAAUGGUGAUACAGAUAUUUCAAUGAGAGUAUGUGAUCACAAUAACGACAAUCAUCUAGAGUCUCGUUCCAAUAACGCCAAUAACAAUCGAUUGCCAGUUCGAGUUUACAAUGAUAUUAUGAAAAAACAAAAACAAAAUAAUGGACUUCAAGAUCCAGAGACAAUAAAAUUAGCAAUGGAAAUGUUAAAAAAUCCACGACACCAAAAAGGUCUUGAAUAUGUUGAAAAAUUGAAUAGAAAAAAUGAGAUUGUAAAGUUAAAUGGUGUACAAGAUCCUGAUGAGACUUAUCAAACUCAUCAAAAUUAUUCAAACAUUGUUGAUAACAAAAUGAACACAAAAAUUUGUGCAAAUGGCUUGGAAAAUACAAGAAAUUCUAAUAAUCCAAUUUCAGCAUCACUUUUACAGCUUAAAAAAAAUUUUAAUGAACCAGUUUACGCAGAGUAUCCAAGACGAAAAAUUAAUUCAGUAAUUUUACCAGCAGAACGUGAAAAUGGAACUAUUGCAAAUUCUGUAAGUCAUGAUAAUCAGCAUUAUGCUCCUAUUAUUCAAAAUCCACAAAUUGAAGGAACAACAGCAGAUUAUACAAUGGCAAAUAAUUCUCCCCAACAAACGCAAGAUAUUCAUCAAGUUCAAGCGAGUGGAACUGAACCUCAUAAUUGUCGUAGAGUGUCAUUCAAUAUCGAUAAUGCACCGCAAGUUGUUGAUGCAACAGAUUGUGCGACAAAUCAUGCCCACAAUCAUCAACAACAAAGUAUUCAUCAAGUUCAAGAGAAUGGACCUGAGCACCAUGAAUGUUGUAGAGUUCCACUUGAUAUUAAUACCCCACGAGCUGUUGGUGGAGCAGAUUGUACAUUGGCAAAUCAUUCUCAUAAUUAUCAACCGCAAAAUAUUCAUCAAGUUCAACAGAAUGAAUAUGAGCCUCAUCAAUGUCACAGAGUACCAUUUAAUUACAAUCAACCUCAAGUUGUUGGUGCACCUGAUUGCACAAUGACUAAUCAUCCUCAUCAUCAUCAACCACAAGAUAUUUAUCAAACUCAAGGAGUUGAAUCUGAGCCUCAUCAAUGUCGCAGAGUUUCUUUUAAUACUAAUCAACCUCAAGCUGUUGAUACAACAAAUUACACAGUGUCUAAUCAUCCUCAUCAAACACAAGAUGUUUACAAAAUUCAAGGAAAUGAACCAGAGCAUUAUGAAUGUUGUCGAGUUCCAUUUAAUACAAAUCAAGCUCAAGAACAAAUUAUGCAAAAUCAUAAUCAAGAAUUUCAGGCAAUUUUAGAACCCAAAAUUAUUGGAGGUGUUCAAUAUUUUACAAUAAAACCAGCUUAUUUUCCAAAUAAUAACUCAACACAUCAAUGAUCAACUUUUGAAUAUACUUUUAUCUAAUAAUUUGUAUCAUUUAUAUUUUUUUUAUUUUUUAAUAAAUAAAUACAAAUUUUGAGUAGACA